CGAGGGAGUUGCGUUGUAAAUUUCUUUUGUAAAAAAUGUCCGGCUCAGUUUGCCGGGACGACCGACAACCAUGAACACCGACCUGACAAUCGUGAUCACGGGCUUGCGGAGCACGGUGGGAGCCCUCCGCGUUCUCCUCUUUGACGACGAGGCCCAGUGGCUGAAGGACGAUGGCGCAUGCUACCACGAGAAGCACGACAUCACAGGCGCCCAAAUCACGGUCGUGAUCAGUGAUCUGCCCACGAAGCGCGAUGGUAAAGCGAUCGAGUAUGCUGUGUUCGCCGUGCACGACCUGAAGAACAAAGGUAAAUUGGAUACCAACUUCUUCGGGAUGCCUCGCGACGGCAUGGUCUGCAGCAAUGGCGCCAAAGGUGGCCCCGGCGGCGGGCCCAAGUUCCGAGCCGCCAAGCUAGACCUGUCCAGUAUCGCCGGCACGAUUGACAUGCCCAUGUGGUACAUGUUUUCACCAACGACCGCGGAGAAGUCUAGCAUGACGGUCGCAUGAUGGCGUGUGAUCAACGGCAAACAUAGUACAUACACGGGACAGUGUCCGACACAUCGGAGCCGUACACCUUUGCCACGCGCCAGGAGAAGCACUUGUGUACUGGUGCACAUCACACAGCUACGUAGCGUACACGUUACAGCAAGGGUACUGAGAUGCAGUCGAUCUCUGCUAGGCGUCCGCGCGGUCUGUGCAGCGUUGACCCACACGCACACCGGUUGGGUUGAGCCGAUGUGAGGCAAUCCAUGAGCCGCCGUGUCAUGCGAGCCGAUGAGGCACAAUGCAUGAGCCGCAUGA